CUAACUUCUCGCGCUGCUCGGGGACACGCUCACGUUAGGUUAGGACUCCCGUUGGAGUAACUGCAGGAAAACGGCUGCGUCGCGUGUCAAACAACUCGCAAGAAGACAACGUGAAAUCACUUCUGGAAACAACGACUGGGAGGUUUAUACCCGAGCGGGACAUCAGAUAAUAUCUGUAUCGGUUUGUUUAGGCUAACUGAUCGAUCCCGGACUGCGUGUUUUGGAAACACACACACACACACACACGCGCGCGCACAGUCACAGGUUGCUAGCGGAGUUAACGCUAACCUAGCUAGCCACGUUAGCUAGCUGUGGUUAGCUGUGUUUUCAUUUUUCCCCUGGACUUCACCCAGCCGAGGCUAAACUUAAGAAAAGGCAUUCCCCGACAGUGUGCCGUAUUUUUCGGGGAUGAUGUGGUGUUUUUUCGGACGUUUAUCCAGUUGUCCGGCCGGUCGCGUCGGCUGACUGCAGCCUGCUGAAGCCUGAAGCUGAAGCCUGCCGUUAGUCUCGCGCUGAAGCCUGCCGUUAGUCUCGAGCUGGAUUUUACUCUCAAUGGUUUUUUCUUCGUUUUUUCCACUGCUGUUUUUGGCUCUCUUUUUUACAGAAGACUUUGCCCUCGGGGUGUUGUAACCCCCCCCGCCAUUACAUUAAAAAAGGCUCUAUCGAUUCUUCUCCUGGAGUAUUUGAAAACUUUCGGUUGAAGUUUUGAGUCGGAGGUAAAGCGUUGGGAGUAAAGAUGGAUGCGGGUAUAGAGAAGGAAUGCAGCGCCUUGGGAGGGCUCUUCCAGCUCAUCAUGAACGACAUGAAGGCCAGUUAUCCCACAUGGGAGGACUUUGUAACCAAAGGAGCCAAACUACAGUCACAGCUCAGGACGACCAUCGUGGUGACUGGAGCCUUCCUGGAUGCUUUUCAGAAGGUGGCAGAUAUGGCAACCGGGACGAGAGGUGCCACUAAGGAGAUCGGCUCAGCGCUGACCAGGAUGUGUAUGAGACACCGCAGCAUCGAGUCCAAACUCAAACUGUUCACCACAGCUCUGUCUGAAGGCCUCGUCACUCCGCUGGAGUUAAAGAUGGAGGAGUGGAAGAAAGUGGCCAGUCAGCUGGACAAAGACCAUGCUAAAGAGUACAAGAAGGCCAGAGCCGACAUUAAGAAGAAGUCGUCCGACACAAUCAAACUGCAGAAGAAGAUGAAGAAAGUCUGUCUCUUCUCUCUCUGUCUCUUCUCUCUCGUCUCUCUCUCUCUCUCUCAGUCUUGCUCGGCCCGGGAUCAGCUGGCGUUAACGUUGGGUGCGUUGAAUUCGGAUGCCCCGAGGAGCAGCAGGGACUCUCUGCACUGUUCCAGCGGCUACAGCACCCAGACCACCACCCCGUCCUGCUCUGAGGACACCAUACACACACACACUGUAAAGAGAGAUCCUCCUAUCUAUGUCGACUACGAGUCCAUCUCUCUCCACGGAGACGCCGACUCCAUCUCCUUACAUCAUCUCUCCCACGGCAACAGCCAGUCAGACUUCGACAAGUCCUCGACCAUCCCGAGGAACUCCGACCUCAGCUUCCAGUACAGGAAGUUUGCUCAGUCCAAGCGUCCCGCCUCCACCGUCAGCCUGUUGGCCGAGCCGGAGUUUAUGGGCAUGUCCGCCCGCCAGCUCCCGUCCCACACGGCAACCAUCAGGCGCAAACCGUCGUCCAAGCCGGCGUAUCGCAGGGGCACGAUCAGCGGGGGGGUUCCCAUCCCGAUCUGCACGCCGCAGGUCCCCCUCAAAGCCAUGGCAGGAAACGGCGGGAGCGAUGAGCAUGUUUUCACAGCGCCCUCUGCUGUAGGAGCAGGAGGUUUAGGUUUCAGUAAACUCUGCACCUCCACGCAGAGCCUCUGCACCUUACCUCCCCACUCCUCCCCGUACUACCAGCUGGUCCCAGGUCAGAUGCCCAUCCCGGUGCCCAUACCCACUGUACCCUCCCUGCCACCGGAGGGCGGCAUCGCCAAACAGAGACAGUACCAGCAACAAUUACAGGAACAGCAGCAAAUCAACCAACAAAAUCAUCAUCAGCAACGCAGUCAACUACAGCAGCACAACCAGCAACUACAGAUUCAGCAGCAGCAACUUCAACAUCAGCAGCAGUUUCACAAUCAGCAGCAACUUCUGCAGCAACCCCAGCAGCUGCAACACCAACACGACCUGUAUCAAGAGCAGCUGAGCCAGCAGCAAAAGCAGCAGCUGUAUCUGCAGCAGCACCAGCUCCAGGCCGCCGCCCAGGAGCUGCCCUCCAGUUCGGGCCUCAGCGCUCACUACCAGCCCCAGGCUCCUCCGCCCUCCAGCCCCGAGCCGCUGACCCAGGAGGGAGGGGGGAACAUGCUGAACCAGAUCAGAGGAGUAAAGCUGAAAAGGACCCUCACCAACGAUCGCUCCGCCCCUCUCCUGCCCCCUCCAACCAAUCACAAAUGAGGCCGAUUGUCCUGCUGUUGAGUCUAACGGCACCUGACGCACAAAUCAAACACACAGACUUCCCGUCAGAGUUAUCGCUGGAACUCGACGUGUGUCUUAUUUUAUUUUCUAAAGAUCUGCUUCCUUUUAGAUUUGUUUUAAACAUUUAUUUUUUGAGACUCAAUUCCUGUUGCAGCAGCGACCGUCUUUUGCCUUUUCUUUGGUUCAUGUUUGCAUUUUGAUUGUGCAUAAAGUUUCGUCUGACCCAUAGAGCUGUCGAUCGUUUUAGUUAGUACUCACUUCCUGCUCAGAUGAUCGUUAUGUGGCUUGUUAAUUAGCCGGACAGGAAGCUGUUGGUGUCUCAGAUCCUCUUCAGUCCUGGGUGUGUUUGAUUUGCCUUUUUUGCCUAGACUCCCAGGCGGGUGGGGUUUAGUCCUGUAGCUCCACUGACCACGUGGUUGAACCAUGGUGUGUGUGUGUGGAGGUUUUAAUUUGCUGGCUGUGGGUCAGUGUUGGUCCAGUGAGUGUUUGGUUUGUUCAUCUCAAAGAGUCAAACGCUCGUGACUCUGAAAUAAAACGGUUUGUAAAUAUUUUCCGUCAGAACAAAAACUUCUGUGGGAGUUUGGAGACGUUGGAUGUCUCGCUCAACGCCACGUUGUCAGGAGGUCACUUUCUUUCUUCGAGUCAGAAUUUCACCCUAAAGCUGCAGCAGUGCACCGGGGAUGCCAAAUGGUGCCGCCGAGGGGCGACUGUUUGUGGAAAAGGAUAAAAAAAUGUUACUGUGUGCGAAUGUCAGGUUCACUUUGUAAAUAAAGGAGGCAGUGAUUUGUCGGCAACUUUUAGAGGCAACAUUGUUGUUUCAGGAGAAGCAGAACGGCGACCACACAUUAUAGUUAGUUCCAGAAUAUCUUUAUAUAAAGAGCAUUAAGCAUCAAACCAAGCCAGGAACUACGAGAUUAAUCGUGACUAUAAAACACAGGUACAAAACUGUAUAUAAUUACUUUAAUAGUGAAGGAACUACGCAUCCCAUAAACCAUGAUUUUUCAAUAUAUAACAAAGUUUCCAAACGAGCCGCCAUGUUGGUUUCAAAUCCGUAGACGGCCUCACCAAUCGGACGUCGCUGUUGCUUUAGGAUUGUGGGUAGUGUAGUGCUGGAUAUAACUGAACCCAACAUUUGCUUUUUGUAAUUCUUUUAUCUUUAAGUUAUUUUGACGAGGAACAUUUUUUAAUUUCGUUAUCAAACAUUUGUCCAUGAAAGAGUUCUGACAUUUAUUUUUGCACUGUAACAUUUCGAGUUCAGUUCUUAGUCACACUUCUUGAAUAACCAAUUUAAGGGUUACAUAUCAAAAUAUUUAAAUGUUUAAUUAUUGGCCAGAAUGAGUCGUAAAUGUCCCUGAUGUAAUAAUGUUUAAUUUAAGAACAUCACACAGGUGAUCCGUCACAUGUUUAACCCUUUAAUUGAUCCAUCGCUGAUUCAUUUUCUGUUGAUCGACUAAUUGUCUCUAGUUAUUUAUUUUAGUUUAAAUUAGUUUUUUUACACACAACCUAAUAAUAAUAAUCCGUUUUCUGGUUUCCUGCAGGUAGACGGAGUUUUGAUUCUGUGGUCCCUCGUGUUUCCAUCUUAACUAUUAGAAAACAAACCGUACAGGUUUUUACUGCUUCUACAGAUACGUUUAAUAAAGACGAGAACUUAGUUUGACUGUUUAAAUACCAUCAGGUGUAACUUUAAAUGAAACUAUAUUUAUCUGCAGUAGAGUGGCUGGGCUCCGAUAGCUGGUUCUAUAUGGAUCCUGUUCAAAGUUGGUAAAAAUAUUUAAUCUGUUAACUUGUAAUUUUCAUAAAUCUCUUAUUUGAUAUUUUAGCUUUUCUGUCUUUUGCGUGUGGAUGAGAUGAAAGUUCGUCCUCACAUCUUAUAUUUCCAAAGAUCGAGUAGUUCUGCAGUUGUUCCCAUUGAUACAUUUAAUUUGCCUCUUGUUGGAUAAAUCCAUCAGGAAAUACAUUAAACAUUAAUUACAAAAACAUUAUAAAAUAAAAUAAAAACAAGCGCGACUGACUUAAACUUCGCUUUAUAUAUGUCGUUAUAAGUUGACCUAAAGAAGUAGAUCUUAAUUUUGCACAUUUCUUAAAUCAUAAUGUGCAAAACUAAUCUCCCAAAUAUGCUGAUGUUUUCAGAAUAUAAUGACGAGAUUAAAGUUUGAGACGUGUUGCCUCUCAAAGUUGCCCGUCGAGUGUCGCAGGGCCGUAGCUCCCACUGAGGUCACGACCUUUGUUACUUGUUUACUAGAGCUGCACCUAAUGAUCAUUUUUAUAAUCGGUUGUUGCAAUUUGGUCUUUAAAACAUCAGGAGCUCGUAAAGGAAAAGCCUGUGGCCUCAUUUUGUCCGAUCAACGGACCAAAAUCCAAAGAUAUUUAUUUGACAAUCAUAGAAGACGAAGAAAAGCAGCAAACAUUUGCAUUGGAAAAGCUCGAACCAGUCGAUUUGUUGCAUAACAAAAUGUCUUAAAACGAUUCAUUGAUUGUGAAAAUUGCUGCUGAUUAAUUUUCUGUCGAUUUGUUUCAGCUCUACAUUUUACAUUCAGGUUUUUUUAUGGUUCAUUUUGGUGAUUGUCUUAAAUACUCACAAAAUUGAACAGAGUUUGGUGGGUGGCUCAAACAUUUCUUCAGUGCUGUUUGAAUUUCAGCUCAGGACGUCCGUUUCCCAAAUCUCUUGGGUAGCUGGCAGAUGGAGAUCAGCUGCAUUCUGGGAAAUGCAGUCCAGUCUCUGCUCGGCUCUCCUGCUGUUUUAAGAAACUUUUCUGUGUUUUUUUUCUUUUGAGAUUUCCUGCAGCUGAGUCAAGUGAAUUUGAUUGAUUGGACCCACUAAACCCCGCAGCAGUUGUGUGUGUGUGUGUGCGCGUGUGUAUAUAUUACUGCUUCUAUUUCUGGGAGAGAUCUAAAUCUAUAUAUAAAAAUGUAUGUAUGCAUAUCCUGAUUGUAUUUUUGUUGAUUUAUUGAUCAGACGAUGUGACACGUCAGUCGUCAUAUUUUUGUAGAAAAGCUUUAACGGAGGAAACCCAGUGAACUUCCUGAUGUUUGAGGAUCUGAAGCCUGAUUGGAUGUCUGACUGUCGAGAAGCGAACGAAGGACUAAACGAAAUGAACCAACAGAAUGUAGAAAUGUUUUUGUUCAUCUUUUGACGUUCGCUGUGGGAUCAAUAAUAAUAAUAAUAAUAAUAAUUGAUUCAUCUAU